AUGCACCCGGCGCGCGGCCACCCCCGCUCUGUCUCGUCCUCGUCCGGCUCCUGCCCGCCUCGCCCGGCCGCCGCGCGGGCGCAGCCCCUGAGCCUCCGGGGGGGCGCCCCCCGUGGCGGCAGCGGCUCGGGCGACAGCAGCGCCGGCGCCAGCCGCGGCGGGGGCGGCGGCUCCCACGGCAGCAGCAGCGGCGGCGGCAGCAGCACCGGAGCAGAGCGCGAGGAGGACGACGACGACGACGACAGCGUCAGUGUUAGCAAGCCGCUGGUGCCCGGCGCCGCCGCCGCGGGGACCCCAGGGCCCCUGGCCUUAGGGGGCGCCCCGACCGCCGACCCCGCGCGCGCCGCCUUCGCCGCCGCCGCCCCCUCGUCCACGCCCACCUCCUCCGGCAGCAUGACGGCGGCGGACUUCGGCGGGGGCGCCGCGGCCGGGGGCGUCGGGGGCGCCGCGGGCCGCACGGCCGGGGUGGCGGGCGGCACGGGCACCGGCGGCGGCGCCUCCUGCUGCUGCUGCUGCGGCGGCCGCCCGGCCCCGGCGGCCCGCAGAAGUCGGCGCUCCGGCUGCCGCUCGGGCUCCGGGUGCGGCUGGGGCUACCAGGCGCUGUCCGUGGUGCUGCUGCUGGCGCAGGGCGGGCUGCUGGACCUGUACCUCAUCGCCGUCACCGACCUGUACUGGUGCUCCUGGAUCGCCACCGACCUGGUGGUGGUGGUCGGCUGGGCCAUCUUCUUCGCUAAGAACAGCCGGGGCCGUCGGGGCGGCGCGCACGGCCACCCCCCGCACCACCACCACGCCGCCUCCGCCGGGGCCAAGGCGCGCGGGGCCCGCGGGGGCGCCGGAGGCCCUGGGGGCGGCCCGGGGGCGGCCGCGGCGGCGGGCGAGUUCGCCUUCGCUUACCUGGCCUGGCUCAUCUACUCCAUCGCCUUCACGCCCAAGGUGGUGCUCAUCCUGGGCACGUCCAUCCUGGACCUCAUCGAGCUGCGCGCGCCCUUCGGCACCACGGGCUUCCGCCUCACCAUGGCGCUGUCGGUGCCGCUGCUCUACAGCCUGGUGCGCGCCAUCAGCGAGGCGGGCGCCCCGCCGGGCUCGGCGGGCCCGCUGGUCCUGCAGCCCCAGCGGCACCGCGCCGCCGGCUGCUUCCUGGGCACGUGCCUGGACCUGCUGGACAGCUUCACCCUGGUGGAGCUGAUGCUUGAGGGCCGCGUACCGCUGCCCGCGCACCUGCGCUACCUGCUCAUCGCCGUCUACUUCCUCACGCUCUCGUCGCCCGUGCUCUGGCUCUACGAGCUCAACGUGGCCUGGGGCCAGGCCCCGGGGCCCAGCAGCUGCAGCCGCCUCCUGCGCCUGCUGGGUGGCUGCCUGGUGGACGUGCCCCUGCUGGCGCUGCGCUGCCUCCUGGUGGUGAGCUACCAGCAGCCCCUCUCCAUUUUCAUGCUCAAGAACCUCUUCUUCCUCGGAUGCCGCGGCCUGGAGGCCCUGGAGGGCUGUUGGGACGCGGGGAGCCGGGCGUCCCCGAGUCGGGCCAGAGGGGGCUAUGGCGCUCCCCCCUCUGCCCCGCCGGCCCCGCCACCGCUGCAGGGGGGCUCCCAGCUGACUCACUGCGUCUCAGAGAAUGAAGGGGGGGCCCACGGCUAUGUCAACACCCUUGCUGUGGCGUCCCAGAGUUGA